AUGUCGGAUUACAUCCUUUUACAAGGCUAUAAAUUGGGAGGCACUCCGGGUGUACAACACUGUCUACCAUCUGAUCUUGGUUCACCAACGCUGCUAUGUCUUCUCCUUCCUCCAUCCAUAGCUUCGCUCUCCACUAGGGUCAAGCCUGCAUUCAUUGCCGCAGGCGAAAAAUGUGAUGCGACGGUGCUCGUCCCAUUUGUGGACAGUGCAGUCGAGGAAACCGAUCCAAAGAUUGCCAGUAUAAGGACAGCCUGGAAGAUGGAGGUCCUCGAGGAAAAUAUAAGUCGAGUUGAGACUCGAAUUCGCGAGCCUGAAAACCCACAGGAACGAGGCCCGUCCGUCGUUCUGAGUGACCCUUACUCGAUUGAUGGUUCCUCCUCUGAUUCCAUUUCCCCGUUAGAUUAUGGUUGGUGGACAUUGCCAGACCCCCCUCUCGAAGUCAGAACCGUCUUGAUCGACAAAUUUCUCCAUUGCGCCUCAGAAUACGGAUUCUUUAUGAACGUUUCCCGCUUCCGAUCGGCCGCCCUUGAUCCUUCUGCAUACUAUUCUCGGCCAUUACCAGCACUCAUGACGACUGUCUACCUACUGGGAAUUUUUCUAUCACAUAUACCGUCUUUGACUAUCCACGAAAAGAUGCUCCUUGAGCGAGCGUUGACGGAGGUAUCUGGUGCACUCUCAAACAAUCAUCAUCCUCAGAAAUUUUUGCAAACCAUACAGGCAGAGAUUCUACUGUCAUAUUACUUCCUAGCCUCCGGACGCUUCUUGGAAGGAAAGUACCAUGUCACGACGGCCGUUUCCCUGGGACUCAGUACUGGACUGACCAAAAUACGAUCCGACCGAAAUACCCCCACGGGUCCAACGCCAAUUCUCCCGGCGCCGCAGGAUGCUAUCGAAGAAGGCGAGCGUGUGGACGCUUACUGGACGGGUCUGAUCCUGGAUAAAUGCUGGGCAGUCGCUUUGGCGUCUGAACCCAAUUCCAAGUGCCCUUCCGAUAUCGUUGGAAUUCAAGUCGAUACGCCGUGGCCCCUCGAAGACCAAGAUUACGAGAAUGGAGGGUUUCCAUCGAAUAUGGUGUGCAGUUUUACCAUUCAGAAGUACUUCAAAGGCGCGCCUGCGUCGGGCGAUAAUGAAAUGCCGACAAAGGCGCUUCAUGUGAAAGCAUCCCUCCUAUGGGAGCGCGCAACCGACUUGAUAAGGAACUGGAAGUCUGACAUGGCCGAGCAAGAGUCGAUUGACUUUUAUGCGUCGUUUGCCGCCAUAGACGGCCUAAUUGAGAAUCUGCGAAGCGCCCUUCCGUUGCCAAAUGCAGUGACCAACCCAACAGCUGCUAAAAGGAGAACUCUCUUCGUUGCCCAUAACUUGACCUACGCCGUUAUAAUGCAAUUGUACGGUCUCUUCGCCAAGGUCGACAAGGAAUCUAAGGAUAAAGUUCUCAUGGCCGCUCAAGCUGUAUUUCGGAUAACUGGUACCAUGCCGCACGGUUCGCCUAUCAAUCCGAUUAUUGGGUUAAGUCCGAAUCUUCGUCGAGUUUCUUUCUACUAA